GCCGUCACUGAAAUCAUCUGACCUGUUCCGAGGACAAUACAACAUGGCUUCCUGCACUGAGUUCUCCGGCAUUUUUGCGAUAUUGUGUACUGUCUUUUUGUCACUGCUACCACCUGUUGAGGCGUUUGACGGCGGAGAUGCGGUCGCACUGCUGCUCGGGAUGACGAUCUCAGUAGUGGGGUUCUGCGCCUGUCUAGGGUGGUAUGCGCGAAGGACCAACGGACAGCUCUAAGUUGCGAACCUCAGCGGUGUGGCUGGCAGCUCGCUGUAUGGCGCGUGCCUUCUUCUGCUCCGGCCACCUUGGAUAUCGUCUCUGGGGGACAAGCAACCGCUCAAAAGUAAUCCUUUGAGUGCAUGUACCCAUGCAGAUGCACCCAAUCUAAACGAUGUUACACUGCCGGGAAUGAAAAAAAACCUUGCAUACAAAAAAAGGGGACCACGCACUGUAUGUCUCAUGACCAGGAAGAAGAAGAAACAGGAAGAUCACCGAGCAUAGCGGAUCCGUCGGAGAAAUGGAGAGAAGAGACCUGAGAAUCAGAUUGGAGACGACUUUCAUUGUGUUAAAGUAAAGACUAAGCGAACUUCGGCGGAACACGAAUACGGCUUUGCGAUGCAGCGCCGUUAAAGUGUUGUGUCGGUGUGCCCUGACACGAUAACUAACUCAGCACUUAUGUUCUCUUAACGCCUCUAAUGCGUUGCUUCCUUCUUGUUCAUUUCUGGUUUCGUUUUUGUAUUGCACAAAAUUAAUGUGACUUAAACGCCUUGCUGUUGCUUUAAAAAUGGGGUUACUCAUAGCAAACUUAACGUCAUAGUGCUCAAAUAGAAUGGAAAAAAUGAUAUGUAAUUUUUCCCAACACUUGGUGGAAAGGCUGCUGUUUUGUGAAUUAAUUUCUUUCCUCCCGAUGGGUAAUUCAUCUUGAAUUCUUGAUUCGGUGUGCAUAGUAGCCUGGAAUUAGUUUUUAUUCCAUUCUGUAUUUUUGAAUACAAGCAGAAACCUCAAAUAUUCUGCGUGCUUUGACUAGCAAUCAAAAUCUUUUUUUCUUUUUUUAAUCAUAAUUUUACAUCAGUCUGUCUGGGUUUAAGUUUUUUAAAUAAAAUCUGUCUUUAGCAUUCUUUUGACAAUCCUGUCAAAUUUGGACAGAAGCUCUUCUCAGGAUUGUGUUGGCAGUUUGAGGGGUGUUUGGAGACUGUGGAAGAAUGGAUGAUGAUUUUACACUGAUAAAAAGAUUGAUAUUCAGGAAGAUAAAAAUGAUAUGUAUGUUCAAGUGCUCCUGGAUGAUAAACUGUUCCAACAACAAACCCAAAAUACCCUUAGCAUUAAACCGCUACAUGGCUUUA